AUGGCCAAAUCUCCAACCCCUUCGCGAGUCGUGCCUCCGCGUAAUGUGAACCACGGGACUCCAUCGGCCACGGCUUUACAGGGAGCUCUGCUCGCCUUCAACCAUGCAACGCCACCGAAAUCCCAUUCUCCGAUGAUGUUGGCAGAUCGCGCGCCGGUAUCGCUCCUCGACUCCGAUCCCGACCCCCUACCGGAGCUCCCGGAGCCUGGCUCUAUCAAGGACAAGAUUCAACUGUUCAGUGCGAACUCUACCGCGACCGCACCAAGCGACAGGCCCCGGAGUGCUCGUGAAAAUGUACCAGAUAUUACUCGCCAGAAAACGCCGCAACUGCUCGCGGCUGAGAUCGCUGCAGGGGGCAUACAUGGCCCCAAUGGCAAAACUACGCAACGAAAUGGGGUGACACCAAGUCGAGACCUACCAUCGCCAGUACCUGUUCGAAAGCCGUUGGUAAAGCCGCGAUUGCUGGAACCAUACGAGGACGAUACCAGAGAGCUUUCACUGCCUAAACCGUCUCUUGAUCAGAGGCCAGCCUCUUCCGGAUCUUCGACGUUCCCGCGACCACCGAUAACCAAGCCGCGCCCCGUCCCACCCCCUAUCCCGCGAAAACCAUCCCCUGCCGUUAGCGAAGCAAUCUCAAAUUCAGUCGACCGUCACUCCGAAAAUCGACCGCAGUACGAUGAAUCUCGAAAACCCCCUUUACCUCUUCGCUCCAAGGCCUCCGCGGCCACGUUGUCUGAGGGCCGGCCCCCAGCGCUUCCACCGCGACGAGCCGCAACUGCGCAAGAUGUAUACGAGAGCUCAGUAAUACAAAGGCGCUCCAAAUCCACAGCAAUACCCUCAACACCGAGUACUGUGUCCUUGUACAGCCAGUCGCAGAACGCUAGUCGCACAAGUAUGCUCACCAAUAUGGGUAGAGAUGCGCCCUCGGAUGCAGUCGCAGCUUCGUCAUUAGCGUCGAACCGAGCACUAAAGACAAGGACGUCACCACCACCACCUCCUCCAGCACGUAGACGAAGAUCGCGAUCUCGAUCCCUACUGCACAUCCAACAUCAGCAUAAGAAGGACCGUACUCCCAAUCCUAGCCCUGGGGGUCUGCGUGAGACCCUUCGACCGCAAGCCAAAUCAGACGACGAGGGUGAUCAGCGUCGACGCCAGCAUAAGAACCGCAUUAUCAACAAGCACCCACAUAAACACAACGAGGGGGACCGCAGAAGAUGGAGAAGCGAGCUUACGGAGAAAGAGCGGAAGAGAUACGAGGGUGUUUGGGCGGCCAAUAAGGGGCUGCUCUUACAUCCCAGCCAAAUAUUAGACCAAAAUAUCGCCCCGGAGAAGAUCCCGCCAGGCAUGUAUCCUCCCGCCGCUAUGGACAUGGUUGUGAACCUUGUGGUUCGAGAUAUCUGGUCGAGAAGCCGCCUACCUGAUCAUGUCCUUGAGCGAGUUUGGGACCUCGUGGACGGCCAGAAUAAUGGCAUGCUUACUCGAGCCGAGUUUGUCGUGGGUAUGUGGCUGAUUGACCAACAAUUGAGAGGGCACAAGCUUCCGGCUGUUGUUCCUGACAGCGUAUGGGCAAGCGUUAUACGAGUUCCUGGCAUUUCUCUCGAAUCACACUAUACCAAGCACUAG